CAGAGCGCUCCCCCGCCGGGACCCUUCUCUCACAUCCCCCUGCUGGGACGCGGCUACAUUUCCAGCCAAGCACUGCCUGCCUUGGCUUUAUUAUGUGUGUCUGCGCCGCAGCCCCGCCAGCAGAGGCAGGCAGAGGAGGAGGAGGGAGACUGGUAGCCAGAGUCAGGACAAAGAAAAAGCAGGGAGACAGAGGCUAGCGAAGGGUUAGACUCAUAGAAAUACUGGGCUGCUGUUAACACCGCCGUUAGGACACUGGGAAAUAUUAACAGAAAGAAAGCGUGGGUUGUAAAAGCAGCAUUCCCCGCGGGGUGGAGAUGCAGGGGAAGAGCGCAAUGUCCAUGCCACCAGACCAACACUGCCUAGUGUAGACUAUCAGGACGGAACGCAGAAGGCUGCUCGGUUCCUGGAGGGAAACGCAGAGCGAAAUAGUUUCGAUAAAGUCAAACAAAGCCCGUCGAAGACGAAGCGAGCGCUGGGGAAGAAGCCACGCUUCAUUUCCAAAGCAAUUUCCCAAACAUUCUCACCACCUCCGGGGCUCCGCGCACCCGAAGGUUCCCGCUGUCACUUUUCUCCCCUCUAAACACAGCUCGGGACCUGCUCAGGUGUUUGCCUCGCGCGUGGGCGGCAGCUCGCGCCCUGGUCCGUCAGUGCGCUCGGGCUUCACCGGAGAAGGCGAAGCGAGAAGACAUUUAAAAAGCCGCUGUCGGCGUCGCGGCAACGACGGGAAGUUCUCCCCCCGUUUAUUCUACAGGUUGCGCGAGCCCCGGCCACAGCGGAGGAAAGCAGGCUCUCGCCUCGAAGCCCCCCCCCCCACUCAGUCCCGGCGUGUUUGGACCAAGGGCCGCUUCGCUCUCAGAGACUGAAGCUGCCGCAUUGCAACAGGCGGAGGAGCAGCGGCGGAGUGCGGGAGGACGGACAGCCGGACCGUGUCCGCCUGUAACGGAACACGAACCAACUCAAGAACGAAGAACGCAGCCCCGGAGCAGAGAUGUCGAGACGCAAACAGGCCAAACCUCGCUCCGUGAAAGCUGUCGAAGAAGGAGAGUCUUCAGAGUGUGGAGGAACCUGGGAUGGAUCAACUGUUCAGACCGACGUAGCGGCAUCUGAAAGAGUCGCCGACCCCAAAGAGGGGACCGGUGCUGAAGACGGAGAACCAGACGAGCACGAGGACCGCGACGACCGAGAUCACGACGAUGACUUGGACGACGAAUCCAUCUUCACCUGUGACAACUGUCAACAGGACUUUGACUGUCUGGCUGAGCUCACUGAGCACAGAACCAACCACUGCCCAGCUGACGGUGAUGAUGACCCAGCAGGUUUAUCCUGGGUGCCUUCCUCGCCCUCCAGUAAGGAUGUGGCAUCGCCUUCGCAGAUACCCGAUGGCUGCUGUGACCUUGGCAUGGCCACUGGCGGCGAAGAGGAGGGAGGAGCGGGCCUGCCGUACCCGUGCCAGUUCUGUGACAAGUCCUUCAGCCGCCUGAGCUACUUGAAGCGACACGAGCAGAUCCACAGCGACAAGCUGCCUUUCAAGUGCACCUUCUGCAGCCGUCUGUUCAAACACAAGCGGAGCCGAGACCGCCACGUCAAACUCCACACAGGAGAUAAGAAGUACAGCUGUCAGGAGUGUGAGGCUGCUUUCUCUCGCUCUGAUCACCUAAAGAUCCACCUGAAGACGCACAGCUCCAGCAAACCGUUUAAGUGCAGUGUGUGUAAGCGUGGCUUUUCCUCCACCUCGUCGCUGCAGAGCCACAUGCAGGCUCACCGUAAGAACAGAGAGCAUCUCGCUCUGAGGAGCGAGAGAGAUGGAGGAAAGAAGGGAGCGGGAGGAGACGGCGACCUGGAGCAGGACCUGUACAUGUGCGAUUACUGCGAGGAGACGUUCAGUCAGACCGACGAGCUGGAAAAACACGUCCUGACCAGACACCCCCAGCUGUCGGACCGGGCCGACCUGCAGUGCAUCCACUGUCCUGAGAUCUUUCUUGACGAGGCUUCGCUCCUCACGCAUAUUGAAACACAGCACGCUAACCGCAAACACAAAUGCCCCGUCUGCUCAGAGCAGUUCCCCUCUGUCGAGGACGUGUACUGCCAUCUAGACAGCCAUCGUCAGCCCGAUUCAUCUAAUCACAGCGCUGCCAGUCCCGACCCAGCGCUGGGCAGCGUCGCCUCAAUGAGCUCAGCCACUCCAGACUCCAGCGCCAGCCUGGAGAGAGGCUCCACCCCCGACUCCACACUAAAGCACAGCCAGGGCAGCGAACGCAGCCGCAGGAGAGGCGGCGAUACCGGCGAGGACGUGGGGAUAAACCUGGGCCAUCAAGGCGGAGGCGGGGGAGGAUCCUGGGGUAAAGUGACGUACUCUUGCCCUUACUGCUCAAAGAGAGACUUCCACAGUCUGGCAGUGCUGGAGAUCCACUUGAAGACCAUCCAUGCAGAUAAGCCACAACAGAGCCACACGUGUCAGCUCUGCUUGGAAACUCUGCCGACGCUCUACAACCUCAACGAGCACGUGCGCAAAGCUCACCGUGCGAGCGGAGGAACGGUGGGUGCGGCGGCGGCGGCGGCUUUUCCUCUGCUGCAGUUCACCAACGUCACAGCGUUCCACUGCAACUACUGUCCCGACAUGUUCGGGGACAUCAACUCUCUGCAAGAGCACAUCAGGGUUUCCCACUGCCUGCCCGGUGGCAUCAUGGCAGGAUCCACCACAUUAGAAGGGAACCAUGCCUUCUUCUGCAACCAGUGCUCAAUGGGUUUCCUGACAGAGUCCUCGCUGACGGAGCACAUUCAGCAGACACACUGCACCUCCGCAACAGGUGGAGGAAGUGCAUCAGGUGGAGCAGUGGCCAAACUCGAGUCUCCCGUACUUCAGGCUGGAUCUCAGUCCUUCAUGGAGGUUUACUCCUGCCCUUACUGCACCAACUCUCCUAUCUUCGGCUCACUCCUCAAGCUCACCAAGCACAUAAAGGAGAACCACAAGAACAUCCCGCUGGCCAACAACAAACGGCAAGCAAAGGUUGCAGACCUGAGCCCCGCCUCGUCGGACGUCGAGAUCUCCUCCCCGAAACGCCACAGGCUCGGAGGGGACUCCACUCCAUCCAUGGGGAGCAACGGAGAUUAUCCCUGCAACCAGUGCGAUCUGCGGUUUGCUAGUUUUGAGGGUUUCCAGGCCCACCUCAAGUCGCACCUGGAGAUGUUGCUGAGGCGCCAGUCCUGCCCCCAGUGCAACAAGGAGGACUUUGAGUCACAGGAGGCGUUGCUUCAACACCUGACAGUACACUACACCACCACGUCCACCCAGUAUGUGUGUGAGAGCUGCGAUAAACAGUUCUCGUCGGUGGACGACCUGCAGAAACACCUGCUCGACAUGCACACGUUUGUCUUGUACCACUGCACUCUCUGUCAGGAGGUCUUUGACUCCAAGGUGUCUAUACAGGUGCAUUUGGCAGUGAAGCACAGCAACGAGAAGAAGCUGUUUCGCUGCACAGCUUGUGCCUGGGACUUUAGGAAGGAGACGGAUCUUCAGCUGCACGUUAAACAUAACCAUCUGGGCCAAAGGUCGGGCCUCCCGGGAGGUCUCGGUGCAGGACUCAAGCCCCGGAAGUGCAUCUUCUGCGGGGAGAGCUUUGGAACAGAAGUGGAGCUCCAGUGUCACAUCACCACGCACAGCAAGAAGUUCACGUGCCGCUUCUGCGGCAAAGCUUUCCACGCCAUCUCACUGCUGGAGAGACACCUGAGAGAAAAGCACUGCAUCUUCGAUGGCAGCAACAUCACCGGCAAUGGAGGUGGCACCGGGAGCAGCGGGAGCCAGAACGGGACGCCUAACGGUUUGGCGCAGACCUCCAAGCGAGGAGGAGGAGGAAGUGGCAACGGAGGAGCAGGAAGCGUGGAGAGAGCGACAGUUGCAGCUGCCGAGCAAGCCGACUUGCAGAACAUGCUGCUGAAGAGCGCAGUGGUGGGAGGAGGGUCGAGCCAGGGGGGAGAUGCAGCCAACAGCCACGAGGCGAGCGGAGGAGAGGAGGAGCUGGAUAAUUCAGAGCCCAUGUACGCCUGCGAUAUCUGCGGCGCUGCCUACACCAUGGAGUCCCUGCUGCAGAACCACCGACUGCGUGACCACAACAUCCGGCCGGGAGAAGACGACGCCGGUUCUCGAAAGAAGAAGGCGGACUUUAUCAAAGGAAACCACAAGUGCAACGUGUGCUCCCGAACCUUCUUCUCUGAGAACGGGCUUCGUGAGCACGCUCAGACGCACCGCGGCCCCGCCAAACACUACAUGUGUCCCAUCUGUGGCGAACGUUUCCCCUCUCUGCUAACCCUCACCGAGCACAAGGUGACCCACAGUAAAAGCUUGGACACGGGAACCUGUCGAAUCUGUAAGAUGCCCUUGCAGAGCGAAGAGGAGUUUAUAGAGCAUUGCCAGAUGCACCCCGACCUCCGCAACUCCCUCACCGGCUUCCGCUGCGUCGUCUGCAUGCAGACGGUCACCUCCACGCUAGAGCUGAAAAUCCACGGCACCUUCCACAUGCAGAAGAUCUCCUCGGGCGCGGCGCUCGGAGGAGCUGCAGUCGGAGGCGGGAAUGGAGGAGUAGCUGGAGGAAAUGGCUCUGCCUCUUCGUCCCCUAAUGGGCAGUUGCAGCAGCACAAGCUGUAUAAGUGCGCCUUCUGCCUCAAGGAGUUCAAGAACAAAGGCGAGCUGGUGAAGCUGGAUGUCAACGGCCUGCCUUACGGCCUCUGUGCUGGUUGCAUGAGCAGGGGCACGAACGGCCAGAGUCCCAGCCAGGGAGGAGCCGUCACGCCUGGGGACGCGCAGGCAGAGAAGGCCGCGGCUGGGCUGAGGUGUCCAGAGUGCGGGGUGAAGUUUGAAAGCCUGGAGGACUUGGAGAGCCACGUCCAGACGGAUCAUCCGGAGAUCAGUCCUGAAACCAGCGCAGCAGGAAAGAAGGCCGAGGUUUCACCUGCUCCUAAGAAAAAGACCUACCAGUGUAUUAAAUGCCAAAUGACGUUCGAGACAGAAAGAGAGAUCCAGAUUCACGUUGCCAAUCACAUGAUCGAAGAGCCCGCCUGUCGGCAAGAGGAAGGCAUCAAUCAUGAGUGCAAGCUGUGUAACCAGAUGUUUGAUUCACCUGCCAAGCUGCUUUGCCACCUGAUAGAGCACAGCUUCGAAGGCAUGGGAGGUACCUUCAAGUGUCCCGUCUGCUUCACAGUGUUUGUGCAGGCCAACAAGCUCCAGCAACACAUUUUUGCCGUCCACGGUCAGGAAGACAAGAUCUACGACUGUUCCCAGUGUCCACAGAAGUUCUUUUUCCAGACAGAACUACAGAACCACACACUGAGUCAGCACGCGCAGUGAGACCGAGGCUCGGCAGGAUCUCGCAGCUCAGCCGGGGCCCCCGACCCAGAGCCGGCGGGGGACCCCCAUCUCCACAUCACAGCCAAUCAAAGUGUCAUUUGCUACUCACAUGUAAAACUCUAACGAUCGCGCCACUGGGCGCGGCUAUUAGGAGCAGCGGGGGAAAGGAAUAUUAAUGGGAUAUGCUAUUAAAUAAAGAAAGGAAAAAGUGGGUGAGGAAAGCGGCGCGCGCUAGCUGAAGGAAAGAGAACCAAGGUAUUGUACGUGCAGUAUUUUUUAUUGUCCCUGCCAAAACCCCCACCAGCUUCUUCGUCCUCUCCGUCUCCCCCCUCCCACAAAUCACUCCCCAGGUCAUGCAAUUUAUUUUAUUUUUUAAUGAAUAGAAAAGAAAAAAAAGCAAGAAAACAGCCUUUGUUUUGGGAUUUUUUUGUUUUGUUUUUUCAUAGACUGUAGACUUUCUCGUCCCCUCGGUCGCUUAUUGUAUUCGACUUCAUAGGUGCCGUUUUCUUUGAUUUUUCCUUUUCCAUAUGCGCUUCUUUGCUUUUGUUUUCAUUUUUGUACCUUUCAUUUCUUGCAGUAAGUAGGUACUUGUGCUGUGUUGUGAUUGUUUGCCAGUCGUAAUAUUCCUAAACCGCUACCUAAAACGAUCCUUUUUAUGAUUAUUGUUAUAUAUAUUUUUCCUUUUUGUAAUUACUAUGAAAACAAAAAGACAUGAAAACAAAAAUAAAGUGCAGAAAACCAUACAGAUGUUUCUUUUUUUGGAUUGGGUUUUCCAGUCUCUAUGGGGCCUAUAAUGGUUAUUGUAAAAAAAUAAAUAUCAUCGAUUUCAAUGCGUCUGGUCAACGACUGCUUUUUGAAUGUGAAUUAACCAGAUUGCAAUAAUCUAGUACAGAAAAAAGAUGAAAGGAAU